CUCACUGCUUAAACGCAUUAUCUCCUCAGAAACCUGCUUCACGCUGGGAAUUCUCCCAUUGUAAACAACAAUGUAAAUUUGAAUAAGGCGACUCAAGAUGCGGUGUGGCAUAUCGAAUUCUUUUCCUUUAACGCUUUAAACGCGAGCAAAUAUACGAGUCUUUCGCAUCGAAGGUUUAAGAAAAACAGCUCUAAAUGGAUUCAGGGGAAGAACAAGUUGAAAAUACCGAACCACAAUUCGAAAAGCAGUUAUCAGAGAUUGUAAGAAAGCACCCGUGCUUGUACGAUAAAACAUGCAGGGGUUUUAAAGACAGUUCAAUUGUUGACAACGCAUGGCUGAACGUUUCAGAGAGACUCAAACUUGCAAAUGGAGAAGAAGCAAGACGACUUUUUGAAAAUUUGAAAAAGCGGUAUAAUAAGAAAAGAAAUUCAUUCAAAAAACUUCAGUACACUGGUGCGUCAGAGAUAGACAUCGGGAUGGCGAAAAAGAAUCUGGACCAGUAUAGAUUCAUGUCUUGGUUGAUACCAUUCAUCAAAGUGAGACGCUUCAAAACAGCCCUUUCACCCAGAACGGCAGCUGUUGCAUUUGAUCCUAUUGACAAUAUGAGCAAGAGAGCAACAUAUAAGCAAGAACAGAGUUUUGAAAGAAUGGAAAAUGAGUCGCGAUUUGAAGAGCAGAUAGACAGAAGCUCGGAAGAUAGCAUCGAUCUCUUUGCUAGGCUCAUGACAACAGAGAUGAGAAAGCUUUCUGCCAUAAAUCAAACCAUAGCGAAAAACCAGAUUCAGAAUUUGAUUUACAACUUGCUUAUGGAACAAGAACAAACACAAUAAAGAUCUUUAUAUAAAAUCAGCUAUACGCAUAUCAGAGACUUUUUACCUGAAAUUUGUGACACUUAAAAUUGGUUAUAUUAAGAAUUUAAAGUAUUUGCGGUACCUAAGCCUUUUUUAAUGGUAUUAAAAAUACUGAUCAUGAUUUGCUUAAAAACGUUCAAACAUUGAUGUAUUGUACGAUUCCUAAAUGUUCAUGUUAGAAAUCCAACAUAAGUUUGAUAAGAGACAAGAUCUUGCCAAUGAUUUUAAUAAGAAACAAAAUUAGGAGACUCAAAAUCUACCUGUGGACAAUUUAAUACGUAAAAGGGCUCCUGUGGCAAAAGGGCUCCCAACUGAUGACGUCAUAGCAAAAAAUUAUUGUAUGCUGAUUAUAUAGCCUGGAAUUUUACCAUAAAAUACUAAGAUGUUAACACAUAAGAGCUGUUACCCAUCUACCCUACAACGCCUUAUUUACUUUUGCCUCUGGCAGCAUACAAAGUUUAGGAGACUGCUUAAAGAUCUCUUUGCUCAUUGCUAGUUGAACUGUAGUAUUUUUACUGUAAAUAUGUUUUAUAACCUCAGGAAUUGUCGUGCUUCAAGAAUAUACGGUUCUGCUUCAGUUCCUAUUAGCGUUAUUGCUUGUAAGCGUUAUCACAAAAAAUAACUUCAGUUUAAAAGGUACAUUUCACAAGUCCGAGUUAGAUUCUGAAAUAUCAUUUAAAACAAUCUAUCAAAGUAAGGUGUUGUAUUUGUUUGCUAGUUUGUUUGUAUUUCGAUAAUACCACUCCUCACAGACGUCAGACAUGCAAAUGACAACUACUGUUUUGAGCCCUAUCAUGGCUUAUUUGACAAGCUUGAUACGAAGUAAAUAAACUCUCAGCUAUUACAAGUAGAGUUUGUGGAAAGACAGGGGCAUUGGUCUUCUUAUGGAAUGGUAAGUUUAAUAAUAACAAUGAUUAAAAGGAUAUUCACAAACAGAGGUGCAGGCAGCCAUCUUCAUCAAAACUCUUUCUAAUAGCUUUUUUUCAUCUCUUCUUACGACAUUUCCCCACCUAUCAAAGCCCUUCUUUUCUCCAAUGCCAAAAACAUUGUCAGUUUAAGACAUUAAGCCUGGUUCUCACAUCAUCGCCGAUGAUGGCCUUGCUAUGCUUGUGAUGUAUUCGAACAUGACUUUUAAAUGUCACCGAUCAUCGGCGAUCAUCGCCGAAGAACCAAAUGGGAUUGUUCUUACGAUCAUCGGCGAUGAGCUCCGAUGGGAAGAUAUAUAAAAGAACAUUAUCUGGACUGUUCGGUGAUCAUGUCUAGUUUCAUGUCUAGUUUCCUGUCUACCUCCAUGGCAACGCUGCGCAAAGCAAAAUGGCUGAACAGAAGGAUUAGUUCCAAGAAAGAACCUUAUCGGAUCCGCAAUUUAUCGAAGAAAUUAGAAUAUCUGGGCAUUUUUACGAUACAUCAUGUAGAACAGUAAAAAGGCUUUAAAGGACAGGAAAAGGCUUUAAAGGAAAGUAAAAGCUAAUUUCUGGAAGAAAAUCGCAGAAGCUACGGGAAAGUCUUCUUUCUCGAGAUAUUUUCGAAAAUACGUGGCAGCUUCGUAAAUCUAAGAGUAGAAACAGAAGAUAGGAGUGGAGAAGCGGAGGAGCGUCUAGCUUAAAAGAAGGAAAAGGCUCUUUGCCACUCCUCGCCUAUUCUCGUUCUGAUGUCUUAUCUCAUUGUCUGUGAAGUGAUAGCAGAAAAUUGCGAAAUUGCACAAUAUAUGAGAGCACUUGCAUCGGCGAUGAUCUGCGAUACACGAGAGCCAGGCUUUAAAUACACGCAACUGAUAAAAAACUUUCAUUCAACAUACAUUGCAGUGCUGCCUUCGUUUGAGUAAAUGCAGGAAGAGUUCUUCACCACUAGUAUCAGAGGAAUGAUACUUAAAAAUAAAAACCAUAAGUCGGAAGUAACAACACGAAAACAAUUCUUUUAAUUCUGGUUGAGUUGAUCUCCUUCUUUAGGUCUACAAUCGUCCACAAAAAUUAUGAGACUGCUUUUUCUUCCUACCUCACAAUAAUGCCAACGACUGUUCGGCGUAUUUUACCCAAAAGAAAACCUAUCGAAAUUACUUUGUAAACCAUUCGUAUUUUUGACUUAGUCUUCAGACAGACAUACUCGUAUUUGUUGCUUAAUCCUUCCACCGUCUAGAUUAUUUACUUUCACAAAAGGUUUCUCGCAUACAAUUUCUUAA